AUCAAUUCUGGUUCGAUAUACGUAUACCAGUCGCAGAUUCUAGGCGUGGUCGCCAAUACAACGGCCUACGAAUCACACACACGCCAAUGUCGGCGCUUAGAACUGACCAAUCACACACUCGAGCCCCAGAAGGAUGGCGGCUAUUCCACACUCUCGGUUGCCCCAGGUCAUUCAAUCCACAGCCUAUGAGCUAUUGUUCAACGUUUGGACCUCGAAUGCUUUAUUUAGCCAUGCAUCGAAUCGAUGCGGGCUUCUCAUUAGAGUCCAAUCAAGAUGCUUUGCGCCCUUGGCUCUGCUCGAUCCUGGUGCUUUUACCUGGGACCAUCUUCAGAUCCACAAGCAACAACACUGCAGCAUGCAGUUGCUCGAGGUGCUAUUAUCGGCCGCAUCCUCACUUUGAUUCACUUCCCUAAUGUCGUAGUUUUAUCCGUUCUCCUCACCCUCAAGUGAUAACUUGUCUUUUCAUUCUCUCUUUUGGCUUCUUAUUGUCGCUGUCGGUCGUUGAUUGUGAACAAGCUAUUCUUGUCACAUCCUAUUGUUCACACUCUCUCCUUUGUUCUACUACAUACUAACUGGCUCUUUUUCUGUAUCGUUUGCUUCCAACAACAGACUAUCAUCUAAACAGCCAAGAUUUUGACAUUCUGAAUCUUCAUCCAAACAACGACGAUAUAGUCAUCUGUGGAAAAACAAACACUAGACGAUACAAUUUCCAUUCAAUCGCCAGCCAUACAUGUCUAAACACUAGACACUGUUAGCUUUCCUUCUCAUUUUGCUUCCCUUUCUGUAUUCAAAGACUAGUCUUUACAUCAUGAACAACGAUACUCAUAAUCAAGCCCCGGUACACCCACCGCCGUACUCCGAAGCCCAGCCACGGCGUCGAGAAGAGUGGGAGGAUUGGGAAGAUGACGAGCCUAUCACGCCCAUCGACGCUGGGGAGCAAGUCUUUCCAACUCCGCUGAAUGUGUCCACUCGAAACUCCAAACCCUCAACACGACGUGCAUCAAGAGCCUCUGCUGCAAGAAUUGUCCGGGUCAAAUCACGCCAGAGACAGAAGGUCCAGAAUGCCAAGGCAGGCAUCAAGCUCAUCACGGAUAUGUCAACAUUUCGCCGCCAGAACUACAUGCCAACGCCGGCAGGACGAGCUGGGAAAUUUGUAGAUGCUGCUGCUCUAAAGGCAUUGGAGGGAGAACCAACAUCAGCUUCAGUAGGAAAUUGGAAUUGGUUCAAGAAGAGCAAGGACCAAAGUCCAGCAACUGCUUCGCCGCUGUCAUCAGCCCAGCCAGCUCAAUCAGCACGUACACCAGACAAUAAGCUCUCGCCGGAUGAUAGACCCAUCGUCAUUGGUCUGGCUCUCUCAUCUGAGGAAGCGGGCAACUCUUCCCGGUAUGACGCCGCUCUGACGCCUAUUGAAGCUCCAGCACAACCGUAUUUGCCUCGAAACCCUUCUUCUUCAAACCUAUCUCCAUUUCCAGUUCAGCAGAAGUCAGUGUGGUCACCUGAUACACCCGACACCGUUUCCUCAUUCAGCACCAUUCGAUACGCCUCAAGCAUUUAUUCGCAGUUUCCAUCUCCCGGCACGACAACGGCCACCAAUGUUCCACCCGUGCCUGCGGUUCCAGCAAACUUUAAGAAAUCAGCUCAUCAGAGGCUCAUCAGCUUGGAACUCGGAGGCAGAACCCCCGAUGACUCUGAUGGCGGUACGCCAUGCACACUGUUUGAAGAAGAUGGCACUUCGAGCCCGCACAAACAAGCAAGGGGAAAGACAUCAGCACUGACGCCUGAUAGUGCUGCAUCCAAGUCCCGUGGCUGGUGGGAUCAUCAUGUUGUCACUCCUUUUAUGGAGAACAGACUGACAUUCACUACCAGUCCAAAGGUGUAUACUGACUCACCAAAGACUAUCCGAGGGGAUGAAUGGUGGAACAAGCAGGAGACCAAGCCUCCUCAAGGAGAAUAUCUUACACCGAGCUUGGCUCCUGGCUCAUUUCAAACACCAAUUGUCAAGGAACCGACGCCACGCAGGACACCAUCUCCCCGUUUUGAGCAUACCCAAGAGAGUGAAUCUGGACCUUCAACUGCAAGGGCAUCCCCCGUUCCUGGAACCAUAUCUAUUUCAGAAAAACCACGAAUACUUGUGACCGAAGAAGAAGAAAGUACCGGGGAACAGCUGCCUGCAUACUCGCCUCCCGAGAAGAAGAGCCAGGCUGCUCCAGUAAGGUACAGGGCUGUUUUCCCGCCUGGACACCCACUUCAAAGCCAGUUCCCCCCCUCACCCGGUCCUGUGUCUCCUGGUCUCUCCUCUACCAUGUCAUCCCAACGAGCUGAACAACUAACCGAUAUUCCACUCACUCCGGCCCCGCGAGACAACCUGCGUCUCUCUCAAAUGCCUCUCCCAACACGACCGCUGGGCACAUCUGCACCCCGUGAAUACUCCCAUGGCCAAGCCGAACACGCCACCAAACAAGAGCGCCAGAGAAGACGCAACGAGAAGGAAGAGGCUGUUGCUCGGCGCCUUGGUGGCUUCUGGAGAGGUCGAGGAUGUAUUCCUGAGAGGGGUUGCUUCGGUCGGACUGGACGCGAGGGUCGACAGCGCCGUCGCGUCUGGAUGAUUAUUCUGGGAGUUCUUCUUGCCAUUAUUAUUCUUUCGAUCACUUUAGGCGUUGUUCUGACACGCCCCAAGCAUUCGGACGAAGUGCCAUCAAUCUGGGUCAACUUGACGGAUUUCCCACCCAUGCCAACUGGAGACUUGACAAUCGUUGGACCGGACAAUACCGUCGCGAGGAGUGGAUGUACUGAACCAUCAACCAUGUGGAGUUGUUCUCUACCAAAGGAGCAGCAUGACUCGGUGAAGCCUUACAAGCCUGACCAGCCAACCAUUAUCCUGCAGAUCCAGUGGGACAACAGUACCCGCAAUGAUUGGAAAACUCCCAACGAAGAUCCCCCUUCGUUGAAGGAGCGUCGAGGUAUGGGCGGUGCCGCAUAUGCAGGAGACACUAUCCGAGCACGGGAGGCGCCCGACUUUGAGCCCAGUCCCAGUCCACCCAAAUUCCAGGAGAUGUGGUUUCUGGGAAAUACAACCGACAAUAUCAAAUCCGAUAAAAAGGGUGGCGAGGCGACUCCUUUCUACAUCAGUCUGGUUAAUUCUGUCGAAGAGAGUAGCCGCAAAGAGCUGACCAAAAGGCAAGAAUUGGACGUGAAUGUUAGCCUUCCUGAAGUGCUCCCAUCCCCUGAUCUCAACGAGAAUGGUGCACCCAAACCAGCUGUCCUGCUCCCACAGCCGGUACAGCAGCCAGUGAGGCUCUACGACCGCGGGCUUCCGACCGAGCACUAUGGCUUUUACACCUACUUCAAACGGACCAUCUUCCUUAAGUCGGUAACGGUUCUCAAUGAUACCAAGGAUGGAGACAUCCCCUUAGAUGAGGACGGUGGCUGUCGAGAGACAGAGGCUGAUUUCGUCGCGACAUGGAGCGAGACACGUUUUCUCGUUCAAAUCUGGACACGCACACUGGCUGCCAACACAUCGAAGCUGAUCGAUCCGACUGGGCAAGGCGCCAUCGACGGAUCGCCAGAGCUGAUUCGACCAGGAACAAUGCCGUACCCGGUGACAGUAACGAUGGAUACACAUGGAGGAGACCCAGGGAAAAAGUUUGUCUGGGCCUGGCCUAUCGAUGAUAGACAGAAGAUUGAUGAAGAGAACCCUAAGCUGCUGGCCAACGACAUAGGAGCUGGUGGCACGUGGAUCAACAAAAGGUCUCGAGGAGACGAAAAAUUUGGCGGAUUCGACGGCGGGACCGGAGGAUGUAAAUGCCAAUGGGUGAAUUGGGUGUGAAGAUGUUCACCAUCAACCUAUUAAUUGAUUAAUGAUGGGAUGCAUUUAGAUAUGCAUCUAACAUGAAAGCAUUGGAAAGGGCGUCGUGGAAUAUUCAACCCUGAAGGGUAUUUUAGUUACUAGUUAUCAAAAGAGAUCAGUUAAAUGUACUAGCUCAUCUCUGCUUCUAUUAUAUCUGCUCGAUGUUUAGAAAUGAUAGUCAUGAUUCAACUUAG